UACGCUCGCUUUUUUAUUUCUGUUUAAUUUCUCCCUCCCCAAAACAAAGAAAGCAUGUCCAAGCGCAUCGAAUAUUUCCUCCCCCUCCACUCCACAAUAACAGAUCCAUCCACCAACAAGCCUUACACAAUCACAAAAUUUCUUGGCAAGGGUGCUUUUGCCCAAUGCUACGCCACAAAGGACAAUCUAUGCCUUAAAAUACUGAAAAGAUCUGAACUGACGAGUGAUCGGCUGCGUGAGAAGCUGAGCACCGAGAUAUGCAUACAGCGCAGUGUUUCGCAUCCUAACAUCGUUAAGUUGCACAGCACGUUCUCUACAGACGAGCACAUUGUGCUCGUUAUGGAGCUGUGCGAUAGCACGCUGAGCGAUCUUCUGAAACAGAACAAAAGAAUCAGAGAGAGCCAUACGAGAACCUUUUUGAGACAGACUGUUAAUGCGAUGGCGUAUUUGCACAGUGUGAAUGUUGUGCAUCGUGAUUUGAAGCUGAGCAAUAUUUUGCUCAAGAAUUUUACGGUCAAAAUAGCCGACUUUGGGCUGUGUGCCCUGAUAAACAACAAAAAUAAGAGAACAACGGUGUGCGGAACACCGAACUACAUAGCGCCUGAGAUAAUCAACAAGAUUGCUUACUCAUUUGAGUGCGAUCUUUGGUCGCUUGGUGUGAUGGUGUACACGAUGCUUGUAGGCACCCCGCCCUUUCAGAAGAAAACAGCCAAAGAGAUUUACAACACUAUAAAGAGGAACGAGUACAAAAUACCGGAGAACACGUUAAUCAGUGAAGAGGCCAAAGAUCUUAUACAGCGCCUGUUAAUUACAGACCCGGACAAAAGGCUCUCCCUUAAAGAGAUAGAACAGCAUCCGUUCUUCAACAAGAAGGAGAGCCUCAUCAGCACCGUUCUCAAUAACCUGAGAGACAAUACCAUCACCCUUAUCAACGGUGAGCAGCAGCCCAACCAUGCUUCGCACCAAUCUCAGCACGCCAGCGAAGUAGCAGAUACCGUAACGUUCUGUAUUUAUCUCUCCAAGCUAAACGGUCUCGGUUACAAAAUGCGCAGCAACCGACACGGCAUAUAUUUCUGUAACGGAGACAGCGCGAUACGAAAAUCCGUAAAUACCUUCGUGUUUAUAACGGCAUCGAUAGAGAAUAACAAGAAAGUGCUCAGAAAAGAGGAGCACACGGCAGAUAGCAUUCCUGAGAGGUACAAGGCGUAUCACGAGCGGCUUGUCUAUUUUAUUAGGAAUUUUUACCCCAGUGAGCAAAUAGCGGAGUACCAGUUUACGUUUGUUGUGCGGGUGAGGAGAACCAAAUCGGGGUAUUUGAUGGGCCUAUGGAACAAUUCGUUGGUGUUCUCUGUGGGCAACGGCAUAGUUGUGGUGUGGGAGGGACGGUGCUUGGAAUGUAUUAAUUGUGAAUAUGGCAGUGUCAAGGACAAAUUGAUAGAAGCACUGGAAUGAUACGUGGUGAGUUGUACUGCAUGCUAAAUAAAUCAUUUUACAGAUGAUGUAGCACUGAGCUGGUGAUAGUUGUGGGGUAUGCACCGUGUUAGUAAGGAAAUUGCUAAUGAUACGUGGUCAUGCCGUGUUGGUAAUAAAAUUAGUGGUGCUCUGUUAGUGUUACGUGCUAUCACCGCAUUGCUGUUUCCUCAUCGCACGCAUCAUUGCUAAAUCAUUACUUAUAAG